AUGAUCCUAAUCAAGAAACUUAGUUUAUCAAUAAUUCAGAUGAAAAUCAUAUUAUUUUUCAAAGAGCAUUAGCUCAAAGACCAAGAAAAUAAGGCAAAAAUUUAAAUGCGUAAAAACUUUUAUUCCUAAUAUUUGUCUGUUUAGAAUUGUCCCUUGCAAAGCAUUGAGGAAGAGAGAUCUUCGAAAUUUGCAGCUAGCUAAAAUCUCCCCAGUAGUUAAUUGACCAGUAUUAGAACUCCUAACCGGUUCUAAUUGAAUUUCUAAUCAGCAGGAUCUUUGACUCAGAGAUCUGCAACCACAGGAAAAAAUCUCUUUCAAUCUGAUUUCAGAGGCCAUGAUGAAAGACUUGGAAUAACGUAGGCAACAUUCAUCACUGAUUUAAAAAAGAAUAUUGAGCCUCUCAGGAGAACAGUUUAUCUUAGACUCAAACAAAAGCUUUUACGAACUACAAUAGUAGUAUAAUUAAUUCGUCUCCGUAAAAACCACAAGGUGAAAGAUAUUCUCCUGAAAAGAGAAAAGGUUAUACAUGAUAGAGUAAUAAUCUCGAAUAAGGCUAAAUAUGCCCCUGAAUUCGAUUAUCUUUAGACAUCUCAUUUACCUUUUUUACCAUAAUGUUGCAAAGAAUAGCUACUACAACAAUAGAUAAAUCAUAAUGAAUCUUAGAAUGAAUUGUUAUUUAAGCACAAGAGAGAUCCUUCACAAGUUGGUAUUAAUCAAUAAUAUGAUCAUUUAUCUUCAACUGGUGGAUUUGAAUCUUUCCUUGGAAAUAAUAAUCAUUUGGCAAGAUCAAUGAGAAAAUUUUCAUCUAGGAAAAAUUCUGUUAAAGCCUCUAUUAUCAAAGUUGGCUACUCGCCUUAGAGAAUGAUGAAGUUUGGAAUUUCUAAAAAGAGAACGAGAUGUAUCACUAUCGAAUCGAGGAACAAGAACAAUGAGACAAUAGCUGAUCAGAAAAAAAUGGAUUAGAUGGAUAAGACGAUUAAGAAAUUGAACAAGCACAAUUAUGAUUUAGAAAUACUUACCAAUGAAAAAUAAUGCUCUAAGAUAAUAAAUGGGGAAUUAAUAUUGUUAAUUGACAAGCUAAACCUUUUGGCUGAAUUCCUUAAUGUCAACUAAAGAAAAAUUAGGACAAGUCUGUUUCAUGAAUUAGAUGAAAAGCAGAAAACAGGCAUCAACAAAUUUCUUGAGAAGAUUAUUGCUUACUUAGUUGAUAUAGGAUGCAGGUGUAUAAGAGAGUAUCAGGAUCAUCCUGAGAGAAUUGGAGUUUGUGAUAUUUCUCAAUUAUUGACUCUAGAUGAUACAUAAGUUGAAGAUGAAUUCAGUGCUUUCGAUGAAAAUUUCAAAAGCAUCAUUACAAUUCAAGAAUUCGUGAUAGAUUGCUCUGAUGCUUUCUACGUACUCUAGAGAGAACCAGAUAGAAAAAAGACUAAAAGCAGAGAAGCGCAAGAGUUGCUAGAUUUGAUUUAAUAGUGCAGAAUUUAUACUCUCGAAAUAGUACUAAAAAUCAAGCAAAUGUUUAAAGCUCUUAAAAGAUUGGAUUAUAAACCUAAGUCAAGAUCACCUAGAAAAUCUAAUAGUCCAAAUAAAAGCACCUAUAAUCCACCACUUGAGAGGAGAAAAACCUUUAAAGAAAUAAUGGAAAUGAAAAAAUUAUAAAAAUUGAAGGAGUUAGAGUUAUUAGAAAAGGAACAAGAAAAAAAACUAUAGAAAUAGAGAACAAUCAAUUAAAAAAGAAAUGUUUCUUUUUCUUAAGGAAUUUCAAGUGAUUCAUUUGAUACAUCCAGCUCAUCUGACGAAUCGGAACCAUCCUCUCCAUUAAUCAAAGCUCAAAGUAUUAGAAAUCCCCCUAAGCAGAUAAUUAGAAGAAAAACUCUGUAUGAAAUGAAAUAAGAGGAGAAAGCUAAGAUGCAAAAAGAGCUGCACAAGUUAAAAUUUGAAAAGAAGAUGAGCAAAUCUUCAAUCUCUAAGAAAACUUCAAAAAUGAUUCACAAUAUGCUAGAUAAAAUGAAUAUAGCUGAGAAUGUCUUAACUGAAACUUAACUUAACAAAAGAGACCCUGAAUUCUGCUAAAAAAUAGAGUAAAGCAAAUUGAUUUUCAUGAUUGGUAUAGUUUAUAUGGUAGAAGUGCAGAGAUCGCAGUAAAAAAGAGAAAUCUUAAUUUGGACCUACAAAAUAUUAAACAGGUACACAUCAUUGAUAAAAUUUAUAUCAUUUUUAGAUUGA